UCUAAGGGGUCUCAUGCAGCUCCAAAAUAUUUAAUAAUUAUUUAUUUCCAACAAAAAAGCUCUAUAUAUUUCUAUCUUUCACCAACAAUGAUACCAAUUCUCUUCUUCAUACGACACUAAUUGUUAUAGAAUCAUUAAACUUACAAAGGUCCAAACUUACUCUAGAUGAAUUACUCUAGAACAAUACAAUACAAUUGGUGGAACUGAGUCAAUUUAUUUGAAAUUCUUAAACCAGUGUUCUUAAAGGCGAAGUCAAAUUGGAUGUUUUAUUCUUUAUCCUUGUUUUCCAAGAUAGAAUAACCACAAGGCUUCUUUUAUUUCUCUAACUGUUUUCUUUCUCUGGAAAUGUUCCUUUCUCCGGACACGUUUCUUUCUCCAGAUAUUUUUUUUCUUAAUUCCAGUAGGUCGGAUGGAUUAGUGUUCCUUUGUUCUGAUAAGUUGCGAUUAAUUUGUGACAAUCUUUGCUAGACAAGAAUUGUUAUAAAUUUUAAACUGCAUAUUUUCUAAAAAUCAGAAAGUUAUAUGCCUGUUACCUAAUUUGAGCAUUGAUUUUCUUAUAAAAUGUUGUUCAAAAAAUCUCUGCAUACAGCCUUUUCAAAAACCCUGACAUUGUCAUAUUCAAUGUGAGAUACUGUGACUCUAAUUAAGUUAAGUCCCAAAUAUGUGUGACACACAGAUAAAUAGAAUUGGAUACUGAAUAUGUAAAAUGCUUUAUCCACUUUGAUGAAUUAAUAACAGGAUUUUAAUAUGUUUCUUAGCAAUAAAUUCGAAGAAGAAAGUCUUUAUAUAUUGGCGCAAAGGCUUAAUUUUCCGCUGCGAGACGCUAUAAACACUACUGCCAAGGGCCUUUCCUGAAAAGGAUUUACUGUUUCAAUAAAUGUCUUAUUCUAUAUGAAUUCCCAAUAAGUCCCAGAUUUUUAAGAGAAUUGAUGUCUUGUCCCAUUGUCGAUAUUCCCUUUUGUUUUAUGGCCGAUAAACAGUAGAACACACAAUAGCAAUGUUUAGAACGAUAAGUGUUUAUAAAACCUGUUUUUAGAACAACAUUCGUUUAUUGUGUGUCAUUUUGUUUUUUCUUUGGAAAUUUAAAAAGCAAUAUUUUUUAAAACCUGUUUAAGGAGCAGUCAUAAAGAUCUGCUAUAUUGGUGUGCACGAUAUUUGGGUGGGCCAUGAAAAAUUCUGCCGAACCUGUCUGGGGCUAUGAAAAAGACGUUUUUAUGGGGUCCUGAAAAAUAUCCCGAUUUUGCUAUCGGGCCACAAAGAUUAAACAGGAAUUUAGGAAAGGCUAUUGAUUAUUUUUCUAAAACUCUGGAGAAUCGUCCCCCCCCCCAUAAUAGUUACUUUGUGGCCGAUCCCUUCCUUGAUAGUUCUUCAUAUCCUUUCAUUGGUUUCUGUUUUGUUUUGUGCUUUGGGAAAUAAAGCCUUCGAUCAUGGAGUGCCUACUAGGUCAAGAUGGAUCGUCUUGUGAUUCAAAUAUUUGUUGCUAGAAACUGUUCUAACCAUUCUGAAGAUCAAGCUUUAGAACGAAUUUAAAAUAAGGUGUAAAAACAACUUAAUAAAAUCCAGCCAGCGAAAUUUCACGUAGCAAAUCUCCCAAUGUUUACAUAAUGUUAAUUUUCAUCUUCGUUUAUACAGAAGCCCGCAAAGGACGAUGUGCUUUGUUCUGAAAUAAAACACUACCUUUUUUAAAACACAAUGGUGUUUGGGUUUCUGUCAAAUCCAAACCUUAAUCGUCUAGCUUGUAUGUCUCCCAAGGCUGUGUUUGUGGAAAAAGUAUUUCUUUUUGAAAUAUCAGUAUUUCAGCUUCUUCUAAGAAAACACUGUGGCAGUUGCUAAGAUUUCACGUUCACAACACGGGAAUUUGUUUAAUAUGAUUUAAAUCAUACGGUAUAAGACGUUAUUGCAAUGGGUGUUGUCCGUACAGUAGACGAAAUUUUUGUUGUUUUCUAAAGCUACCUUUUUGGUCGGAGUGGAUGUUUUAAUCCCAGUGUAGUUUGAAGUCUUAUGGUUUAGACGGUACAUUGGUAACAUCCAGCGAUGGGCGUAUGCAUACUGUAAAAACCCCACACCACUGUUUUGGGGGCCUUGAUUGAGCGUAUAUUGGCGUUAGUGGGACAACAAUUUUUAUUUUCCGCCCUAUUUAUAUCAACACUGUUUACAGUUUCUUUGCCAUUGUAGAAAUGACUUUUUUCAUUUGUGAAGCAUCAGUGGCCUGAUCUAGCUGUAAAACUUACACUUUUUCAAAACUUGCCUUGCGAUAUAAACUUUGUUAUUCUUAGUAUCAUUUUAAUCCUUUGUGGUGUCCCCCGUUUCUUCUGGUUUUCAAAAUCGCGUCUCAUCAAUGUGGGAUGAAUCGCUUCCAAACUGUAUUAUAAAACCAGUAGACGCACAGGCGAGGUUGAAUUUGAAUAGAGAAGCUCGACUAUUGAAAAGGAUGGUAAUGAGGCGUGUCUACCGCCUUGUGUUCGUUGCCAGUUCAAGAUCAGCUGUUUUUAAAUCGUUUCUUUGGUUUUGAAUAAUACUAUAAGACUUUGCAAGAAAGAUCGUUGGUUUCAGCGUGGGAAUAUCCGUAAGUGCUUGUUCGUAUAGGCAAAGGAGAUUUGUAAUCGUGAAGAAACUGUUUUUUCAUCAAACGUUAAAACAUUUUCUGUGAGAAUUAUGGAGAAACCCGAGAUCCAGAUUGACAUUUCGCGGCUCAGCAUCAUCGACAAAGAAAAUACACAUCCAGAUAAGAUUAUCAAAAAAGAUGGACAGUAUUUCCUAAACAUUUUACAAGCAGAAAUUGAGAGAUUUACAGCGUUGUGCGAAAGAGCUGAAAAAGAUAUCGCGGAAAACUCGUUAUCUGAAGAAGCGAGUGGCAAAAUACGAGCGGCAAUCGGCAAGUCACAAUUACUGCUAACAAAGAAAUUCAAACAAUUCGAGAAACUUUGCAAUGAAAACAUUGAAAAUUCGCCAGGCAAGAAGCGCCCAAUGUCCACGGACCUCGAAGGAUUCUGGGAUAUGGUCUCAAUACAGGUAGAAGAUGUCAACAGAAUGUUUGAUAAUCUGGAAGAACUGAGAAAUAAUAAUUGGAAGGAGAGUAUAGAACCGAAGGAUUCUCCAGACGGCAAAUUAUCACCAACCCCCCGGAGGAAAAGUCCCCGCAGCCGAAAGACGAGUAAAAACAAUAACUACGUCGACGAAGAUAAAGCGCGGAAAGACGCGAGACAAAGACUUAAUGAUCAUUUAAAGCAAGUGAAGCUGCAGCGAAACGCGGAUAACGGUGGACCUUCAGAGGUUGAUAUCAGAAGCUCAAAAUCGGCGAGUCAGAUGUAGAAAUUUCACAUUUAUAUGGCUUUCCAAAUGGUCUUAACAUGGAUAUUUUAUAACAUAGAUGCGAAAAAUAUUAGAUUAAAUUGCUGGAACUAAUUUGUACUGAAUUUCAAAUUCUUCUCAUUAAUGCUUAAAAAUUCCAAAUUCAUCUAGAUGGUUCAUCGAAUUUUUCAAACUGCAUAAAGCAUUUUUGCUUUAUCGCAGGAAAAAAUGUUUUUAGAUAAUUUCCAGACUAGUUGGAACUUGGAAAACGUUGACCUGUGAACCCGUGUGACACAUUUGAGACACAACAUGGCUCUCUUCUCACGUAGGCAUUUGUAGAUCACAUGGCUAUCUCACAUAUGUAGCAAUGUCUUUCGUCUACACGCAGGGAGAUUUUCAGAUUACUGUCAAUUAAUUCUCAACCAAAGAGCAUCAGUUUCAAAAGAUCUUCGUGUGGACACCCCUAAAAGUGUAUAUCCGAGAAUGCAACUGCAAUGAUUUUGUUUUCUUGCGAUUUCUGCAUGUGCAGUUCGCCUGAGGUUAUCGAAACGAUUCUAAAUUUUGCGUAGAGUCCCCAUCGAUGUAUCGCAGCGUUUUGGCUGCUCAUUGCACAAACACAUUUUGUUUUCACGUCAACUUGAAUUCCUCUUCCAUUUACAAAUGUUACUACACACGAGUUGGCGGAUCAAACGCAUAAAUCAACACUGGUGUGUGCCUGUAAAACAAAUUUGAACUUGUAACUGCACAUGGCUGUAUGCAAGACACUCCUGGUAGUUUAUUUUUGAUCGUAAAGGUGGCUUUGUUUUGCUAAAUCAUGUGAAAAUAUUCUGAGAGCCGCCUUAGUCUAGGACAAAUGUAAGACCACUUUGAAGAAGGCUGUGAUUUUUAUUAUGUGGUAUUUUGUGCAUAGCCAAUGUUGCUAUGCCAAUUUCUGUGUGUAGAAGUAUGCUGAUGCAGAACUGUUUCUCUUCCUGUUUUAGAAAUGGAAGCUUUUAUGCUUUCUAGUGUAGCUAUUAUCAAAUUGAAGUCUACUAAAUUUAUUUGCUGUUCUGAUCAAUCAAGUUUUUCUCCUUUAGCGUGAUUCAUAGUGUCUCGUGCUCCUCUCAAAUUUCCAAAGCUAUCAAAUCUUAGAUAUCAAACUCCGUUCUUGACGUGUUGUCAUUUCUCCCCAAAGAGUUUUUUUCUCCGUCACCUUCCAAGGAUACAUAGUCUAAAUUUUCGGAGAAAUGUUUCGUAAUUAUCUUGUUAUUCUAGGUUAUUUUUCUGGAGUAGCAUUUUCUUCCAUUUUGAAGUUAUUGGUAUUAAUUCUUAACUAGAUUUUAAAUUUUAGAAGAAGCUUUUGCCUUCUUGUUAUGUUAAUUUGUAUAUAUCGUUAUGUACUAGAAAAUUAAUGUUCUUGGAUGUUUAGUCCCGGCUCAACUAUUGUAGAUCGAACGAAAAUUUAAUGAAGAUCGAUCACUUCUAUUUAAAUUGUCUAACAGCACUGAUUUGUAAAGCGAAAAAGCACAAUUUGCUGCAUAGAGGCAGAUGAAGUAUGAUUUUUAAUGAGACAUUUCAAAGGAGAUGACGGAAAUACAGUUAUCCCUUUGGAGUAUGAUUUUUAAGCAAUUAUCAAGAGUUGACAUUAAAUUUUACUCUGUCUAAGAAUCAUCUCAGCUUCAGUCCUCGCGUGAAACCGCGUUUCUCGUGCAGGAAUAUGACCUUACUUAACCACGCCCUUUUUCACUACCUGUAUUUCAGUGCCUCUAUGCAAAAGAUCUAUUUAAAAAUUCGAAAUAAGCAAAAACGUAUUGUUUCCCAUAGUUUUAGCGUCGUAAACAAUGUCUGUUGUGCUUCUUAGUCUAGUAAAUUAUUGAUUCUGGUUGCUUAGUGUCGUCUGUUGGUGGAUGUUUUAGAGAUCUAGUGAAAUUUGCCUCUAGGUUUUAUUUAAGGUGAAAUUUACCUGUUUUUAAGAUCCAUUGUUAGUUCGGGCCACAUUAUACUUAUGUUAUCAGCAAGCAUCAUCGUUCCUGUUUCCCAUAAUGGCAUUUUCUAAAAUAUUGUUUCCCUAAUAUAUUCCCGGAACCUUAUAUGCUCUAUUAUUUGGCAGAAAUUGAAGACCCUUGAUCGGUUCUUGUUGGAGAAUCCUCUUAGGCUGUCCCUCCCUUUGUCAACAUCUUUAAGUUGAAAGGAAAAUCUUACAAGUGUUUUCACCCCAAGGACAAUCAAAUGUAUUUGUGACGCCAGAGGUCGUUUAAACAUGUAAUUCUAUCGUUCCUUACUUUACUUUCGAAAGGGACAGUAAACGGCGUAUAUAUUAUUCUUAUUGAUGGUAUUCUGAAAAGUCUUUAUGUUGACGAUCUUAUACAAUGCCUUAUCAGAAAUAGAUGUGAUUCGUCAAUGGCA